AUGAAGCAAGGGCAAACGCAUUUGAUCUUCUCAACGCACAAAGGUGCGUUGGUCCAAUACAAGGAGAGCUUGAGAGAGACUGUCGACGUGCAGGUGAAGCUCUUCCACUUUUCAGAAGAUGAACAGUUAGACAUGCGAAAGGUGGAUGAGGCAAUCAAUGAAAACGAGCAUGCACAGGCUUCAGUGCUCUUAUUGGCAACUGGCUCCAGCCACUUGUGGUUCGACCCGGAGCACAACCCAAGGAACUUGGAACUCUGUACCACCUUGAAGAACCGACUGGAUGGAAGGAUCAAUUUCGUGGUUUGUUCUACUACAAUCUGGUCAGCAGCUAGCUGGAGAGAACACACAGAUGCGAUUUUUGGUGACCUUCUUUCAAGUUCUGCACGCGUGGAUGAGUGGAAUGGCUUUGACUCCCAUCGUUCAGUGAACGAGAGAUCUGUUGUGAGCUUGAUUCCAGAUGGACAGCAUCAACCUACAACUGUUCACACUGGAUGGCAAAGUUGCUCUGGUGAUUCUUGUCUUCUCGGUGGCAUCGUGAAACGGAUUUUCAUGGUUCUCGCAUGCAUGCUGAUGUGCUACCUGCCUAUUCAUAUUGAUCAUGCACUUGCAGAGAGGCAACGUAUCCUCGACAGAGAGAACAAAGCUAUUGCUUUCCAGCGGAAAGAAAAUGAAGACGAGAGUGAGAGGCUUCGCGAAGAAACGGACAUGCUUAGCAAAGAGAAGCAGAAGCUUGCACAAGAGAAUCAGACACUUGCACAAAUGAGAAAGAGCCUCGACAGGGACAACAAGACUAUCGCUCCCCAGCAGAAAGGAAGUGAGAGGCUCCGCAAAGAAACAGACAUGCUUAGCAAAGAGAAGAUAGAGAAGCAGAAGCUUGCACAAGAGAACCAGGCACUUGCAGAGAGGCAAAGGAGCCUUGACAGAGAGAACACAGCUAUUGCUAUCCAGCGGAAAGCAAAUGAAGAUGAGAAUGAGAAGCUCCGCAAAGAAAAGUCACAGUUGAAAGCGCUCCGCAAAGAAAAGGAGAUGCAAAAGCGCUCUGCCAAACAGAACCACACCAUCCCUCCAAAGGGGGCAGUCAAUGAAAGCGACCAGGCGCUCGGUCAAGACAACACUUUGGAUUUGGAGACCCUUCCGGAGAACAAGCAGAUGGAUGCAUAUUAUGGGCUAUGA